AUGGCCUUGAAGCAACCUGUUACGCAGGUCCGCUUGACGAACGUAGCCGUUGUCAGGCUGCGUUUAGGGGGGGAGCGUUUUGAGGUCGCGUGCUAUAAGAACAAAGUGGUCAACUGGCGAGAAGGCAAAGAGACAGACUUGAACGAGGUUCUGCAGGUGGACGCAGUUUUUCAAAAUGUAGCAAAGGGAGAGUUAGCGCGAAAGGCGGAGUUACUUAGAUAUUUUGGGACAGAUGACAAACGGGCUUGCAUCUUAAGGAUACUGGAGAAAGGGGAUCUUCAGGUAUCGGAGCUGGAGCGGCGGCAGCAGCUUGAGUCCCUGUUUAAUGAUGUGGUUACUUGUGUCGUGGAUUUGACGUACUCAGCUGUCACUGGACUGCCCCUUUCUCGUUCAGCUGUCUCAGCAGCUCUCAAGAGCUUGGGAUUUGGGGUGCGACUACAACAGCCGGCGAAGGCCCAGGCCUUGCAUGCAGCGCUGCUGCUGCAACAGCACAAUCCGAAUCAGAUACGCAGACGCCUCAUGAAGCUGAACAUGCAGCUGCCGCUCCCUGCACCCACUGCUGCCUCUCCAGCUGCUGCAGCAGCUGCUGCUGCAUCUAUGCUGCACUUCAUAGUGCGAGAUUGCGCCGGCAUCAUAGAGACGCAGGAACCAAAAAUCGACUUGCUGCUGCUACAACGACAGCAGGAAGAGGACUCGGCAGCCACAACGGAAUCGGCACCAGCAGUGCCGUCAGAGUGGCGAAUUGUGUUUCUGGUCCCUCCAGGAGUAUACAGGGAGCUCGAAGAAAAGGCACACGAUGCAGGAGGCUCUCUCACCGUUGUCACUUGGAAUUGUCUGUACGACCCGCAGCAAGACCAGCACCUGUUGCAGCAGCAGCGGCAGCAGCAGCAGCAACACCAGAAGAUGCUUGAGCAGCUACAACAGCAGGAGGAAGAGGAGAAACAAGAAAAGGAGAGACGAGGAAAAGAACGUCAGAGACGGAGAGAGAAAGAAGAGCAGCGGCGACUAGUGCGUCGACUUCGACAGCAGCAGCAAGAAGAGGAACAGCAGCGACUGGACGAGCUCCGCGAAAGCCAGCUGAUGAUGCAGGAGCGCCAGCUGCAGCGAGGCCGCCUGCUUCGGCAGCAGCUUAUGGAGCAGGAGUACAUAGAGGAAGAGAUGGCGCGAUAUCAGCUCAGCCAGUUGCGUAUGCAAGAAGAGGAGGAGCAGCGUCAGUUUGAGAAAGAGCAGCAGGAAAAGCGCGAGAGAGAUUUGCAGCUAUAUGAGGCGCAGCAGAUGCGUCUCGAGGAUAUCAGCCAGCGGAAGCACGACCAGCAGAAACUGCAACAGCAGUCAGACUCAGGAUUUAAGGUAGAGUUGGCUUCGAACGCCAGGGAUCAUGAUGGAGAUGGGUGUUUAAGCACCUUAGACAUUGUUGCUGCAGAGGACACUGGCAGCCGUGUAGGUGACACCAGCAACAGCAGCAGCUGCGAAAGCGAACUUUGCUGCUGCUGUUGUGCUGAAUGGGGUGAUGACAACUGGAAAGACACCUGUACUCGAGCGCAGAGGAAGGGUCGUGGAGGGAGAAAACAACGCCAACAGCAGCAACAGUCUCAGCAACAGCCUGGAGUUUAUGGAGGCUUCGUGGGAGUGCCUUGUUCCUUGCAUGCGUCGACUUGCGUGCAUCAGCGCGAGAGAUUUUCUAAAGACAUUGAUGAUGCCCCACGGCGAACAAAACAGCACCUUCGGAAGAGACAGCUGCAGCAGCAACGGAAGCUGCAAGAACAGAAACUGGAGUUGCAGAAGCAGCAAGUGCAACAGCAGCAGCGUGGACAACCCGAGUUUGAAGACACUUUGACGGAAGAGGGCCUCAGUUGGCUGCAAAGAGAUGCGCAGCCUCUGCCGCAGCAGCAACGGCGAUCUGAGCCAGCUGCUGGUGCUUGCUCUGUUAAUCCUUCAGAGACCGCUCAUCUACAGGAGCAGCAGAAAACGCGCGGUGGGGUUCAAUGUCGCGUCUGUAACGAGGCGCUUAAAGACGCAGCGGAGCUGCGCGUACACUGCAAGAGCAGCAGACACGCAGCGAACCUGAGGAGACAAGUAGAUCGUCUCCCACCUCUCACCGACACACAAUGGGCAGAGAUGGAGCUAGAUGGCCACCUCAUAGGAGGGAGGCUAUCGGAAGUCAGAGGGUUCUAA